UGCUCCCUGCUCUUGUAUAAAUAGAGAUCAACAUCCAAGGCCUCCUCCCACACACGCACACGCUACAGAGCAGAGCAGAGUCUUGCUCCAGUAUCUGCCCUCUCCUGUAGUGUAGAGCAUCCCUCAUCACGUGAAGUUCACGGACAAACAUGUCUCCGGUGAAGGUGUUCGGGCACCCGAUGUUGACAAACGUCGCACGGGUGCUGCUCUUCCUGGAGGAGGUCGGCGCCGAGUACGAGCUCGUGCCCGUCGACUUCGUCGCCGGCGAGCACAAGAGGCCCCAACACGUCCAGCUAAACCCGUUUGCGAAGAUGCCUGGGUUCCAAGAUGGCGAUCUCGUCCUGUUCGAGUCGCGCGCCAUCGCCAAGUACAUCCUCCGCAAGUACGGGGGGACAGCCGGCCUCGACCUCCUCGGAGAAAACAGCGGAAUCGAAGAAUUAGCAAUGGUGGACAUGUGGACGGAGGUGGAGGCCCAGCAGUACUACCCGGCCAUCUCGCCCGUGGUGUUCGAGUGCAUCAUCAUUCCCUUCAUCAUUCCUGGCGGUGGCGCGGCGCCGAACCAGACCGUCGUCGACGAGAGCCUGGAGCGGCUGAGGGGUGUGCUGGGGAUCUAUGAGGCCCGGCUGGAGAAGAGCAGGUACUUGGCCGGGGACUCCAUCAGCUUCGCCGAUCUGAACCACAUCCCGUUCACCUUCUACUUCAUGACCACCCCGUACGCCAAGGUGUUUGAUGACUACCCCAAGGUGAAGGCCUGGUGGGAGAUGCUCAUGGAGAGGCCCGCGGUGCAGAGGGUCUGCAAGCAUAUGCCUACGGAGUUUAAGCUAGGUGCACAGUACUAGAUGUUUCUCCGCGCGAGUGUGUGCCGUGCCGUGCCGGUGAUGAUUCCAUUCAAGAGAAGAGACCUCCCGUGGGUGGGUGAUCAUCUGCCCGUCUAGUUCGUUCGUGUAUACGCUUUCAGUUUCAGCAGCACGAGGAGUCCGCUUGCGCUUCUGUUCGUGCGAGCCUGGAUUCCUUGCUUUAAGUUGUGCACUAGUACUCCCUCCGUUCCAUAAUAUAGUGUCUAUAGAUUUUUGCAAAAGUCAAACAUUACAAACUUUGACCAUAUUUAUAGAAAAAAGUAGGUACAUCUAGAAUAGCAAAUGCACAUCAUUGAAUACAUCAUGAGUUAUAUUUUCAAAAUGUACAUGUUUGAUAUUGUAGAUGUAGACGGUUUUCUCAUACACUUGAUCAAAGUUAGCAAAAUUUGACUUGCACAAAAAUCUAUAGGCAUGGAGGGAGUAGUAAAUAAACAACGGACUGGUCAAUGCUGCUAAUCCAUACGUCGUAUAUAGUACACAACUAAAGAUCAGAAUGGAUCCAAAGCAAACAUAUAUAUAUUACUACAUCUUGGAUA